AUGGGGAGCUCUGGCUACGCGGAAUACACCGCCGCGCCCGCUGCCAAGACGAUGAAGAUCCCCGACUCGAUCUCUUCACCAGACGCCUGCGCCGCUAUACUGCAAGGACUGACAGCAUUGACAUUGACAGAGGAAGCGCACAAGGUCGAGAAGGGCGAUUGGGUAUUAGUACUAGCGGCGAGUGGAGGGGUCGGCGGUUGGUUGUGUCAGAUUUUGAAAGCAAAAGGCGCGCAUACUAUAGCGACGGUGGGGAGUGAGGGAAAGGUUUCUGUGGCGAAGGAGAGUGGGGCCGAGGUUGUGCUGGUUGAGGGUAAAGAUAAUGUUCUGGAGAAGGUGAAGGAACAUACAGGUGGUGCUGGUGUGGCGGCGGUGUUUGAUGGGGUGGGCAAAGAUACGUUUGACCGGAGUUUAGAGUGCGUGGCGAGAAAAGGGACGUUGGCUAGCUUUGGGAACGCGAGUGGGGCUGUCCCGCCGUUUCCUAUUGCCAAACUGUCCGCGAAGAAUGCGAAGGUUGCCAGACCCUCAUUAUUCAACUACAUCUCCACACGGGAGGAAUAUGAACAUUAUGCGAACGAACUAUUCAAGAUGAUGGCGGAAGAUGACUUUAAGACUCGCAUUCAUGAAACGUAUCCUUUGAAGGACGUAGCUAGAGCGCAUAACGAUCUCGAGGGUCGUAAGACCAUGGGCAAAUUGCUCAUGACGCCGUAA